AUGCGAUCUUCUGACGAGUCCGACUACUUUGACGAUGACGAUUUUGUUGUGCCUGAUGAUAUUGACGCCGUAAACGCGUCUCGUCCAGCCAAACGUCACCGUGUACGACCUCCGACGCGCCACGAAGACCACGCCGAUGCCUCGUCGACAGAUGCCUUCUCUGAUAUUGACGAAGAGGCUUUCAACGAAAGUGAACUGUACGCAGCCCGUGACAAAGAACAUGCUCGUCCUAAAAAUCGGAGUUUUGUACCAAAACACAGCAACAAACAAGAAAAUAUUUUCGUUACCCAAUUAACGCAACCUCCCUCGAGCCCUGACCGAAUACGUGGACCGCGAUGGAAAAAGCCAGACCCUGAAGCCCUUCGCCCUGCUUUAAUACCGAAUUUACAGGAGAGCGAGAAGAACCGACAGCCAGAUGAGUUCUCGGAUGACGAUGAGGAUGCGUUAAGGGCUGCGUUGGCUGCUUCGCUGGACUCAUUCGAGGCAGAGAAAGCUGCACGAGGACCAUUCACUGCACAUCCCGCGAGGAACCCCACCCCUGGAAGACCUCUGCCAUCCGCGAUCGUGACAACAGCUGCACCGCAAGGUUCUUCGUUUGAGCUUGACGAUAUCCCGGACGACGCAUUUGACUCCUCGCCGUGCCUAUCGCCAGUCGCACGGCCCGCUCAAACAUCAACCUCUUUCUCCAGCACCCAUGGGGAUCGAUCAUUCUUCCGGCAAACCACCUUGUAUGGCAUGAUUCAGACAAACCCAGAUAUUGCACGACAACACCAAGACCCCGGCCCGCCAGAUAAAGUCGAACCCCCAACACACCACAAAUUAAACCACGAUGCACUGGAAACAUGGUGGUACCCCAUGAAUAUGGGUAGCAUCCGAGAUUAUCAAUACAACAUCACUCAAAAGGGCCUUUUCCAUAAUCUCCUCGUUGCUUUGCCUACUGGUCUGGGAAAAACCUUCAUCGCUGCAACAAUCAUGUUGAACUGGUUUCGCUGGACGAAAGAUGCUCAGAUCAUCUUUGUAGCCCCGACCAAGCCGUUGGUGUCGCAACAAGUAUCAGCAUGUUUAGAGAUUGCAGGCAUUCCACGUUCUCAAACCACUAUGCUCACUGGAGGCGCGGCACCAGGCAUUCGUGCCCAGGAAUGGAAGUCAAAGCGGGUAUUCUUCAUGACCCCUCAAACAUUGAUCAACGAUUUGAAGACCGGCAUUGCAGACCCCAAGCGCAUUGUUCUUGUGGUCGUAGACGAGGCCCAUCGUGCCACUGGAGGUUAUGCCUAUGUGGAAGUGGUCAAAUUUAUGCGACGUUUCAGCAACAGCUUCCGUGUUCUAGCCCUGACAGCCACGCCAGGAUCCACAGUUGAAGCCGUGCAGGGCGUCAUCGAUGGCUUGGAAAUCUCACGAGUGGAAAUUCGUACUGAGAAUUCUCUUGACAUUCGGGACUAUGUACACGCUCGCAAUAUUGAGAUUGAGACAUUUGAAUAUUCAGAAGAAAUUCAGUUAUGUUUAGAUCUUUUCUCUGCUGCUCUGCAGCCCCAAAUGGAUCAACUUCGAUCACUUAAUGCUUAUUGGGGCAAAGACCCUCUAAUGCUCACUGCCUUCGGCUUGACCAAAGCUAGACAACAAUGGAUGGCCUCCGAAGCUGGCAGAAAUGCUGGGUUUGGGCUGAAGGGUAUGGUGAAUGCUAUUUUUACUGUUCUUGCCAGUUUGGCACAUGCGCUUGAUUUGUUGAAAUAUCAUGGAAUCGUGCCAUUUUAUCGCCAUUUGUUGCAUUUCAAAUCGAAUACCGACGGCCAGAAAGGCGGCAAAUAUCAGAAGCAAAUUGUGCAGAAUGAGAGUUUCAAAAAACUUGUCUCCCAUGUUGAUCCAUGGAGCAAAAAUCCUGAAUUCAUUGGUCAUCCCAAAUUGGAAUAUCUGAAAUCUGUGGUUUUGAACCACUUCAUGGAUGCUGGAGAAGGCCAAGAAAAUGCUGAUAACAGCAAGCCAACUACGCGCGUCAUGAUUUUUGUACAUUUCCGCGAUAGUGCCGAGGAGGUGUCGCGUGUAUUGAAACGAUAUGAACCCAUGAUCCGACCACAUAUCUUUGUUGGCCAGUCCAGUGCCAAAGGGUCAGAGGGAAUGUCCCAGAAGACCCAGCUUGACAUCAUUCAGAAGUUCAAAGCGGGAACUUACAAUACCAUUGUGGCAACCUCGAUUGGUGAAGAAGGUCUGGAUAUUGGUGAGGUAGAUCGCAUUGUGUGCUAUGAUUCUUCUGCGUCGCCAAUCCGAAUGCUGCAGCGUAUGGGUCGAACUGGACGUAAACGAGCCGGAAAUAUCACACUUCUUUUGAUGAAGGGCAAGGAGCAAGAUUCUUACAUCAAGGCCAAAGAUAACUACGAAAAAAUGCAAGAGAUGAUUGCAAGUGGUUCACGAUUCGAUUUCCACGAUGAUCUGUCUGCCCGAAUUCUCCCUGCGGGCAUUCGACCAGUGCCUGACAAGCGGAUCAUCGAAAUUCCUCAAGAGAACUCUCAGCGAGAGUUACCAGAACCGAAGCGCAAGGGUCGCGUGCCUAAGCGGCCACCAAAGGUUUUCCAUAUGCCCGACGAUGUCGAGACUGGCUUCACGCGGGCCUCAGCCUUGGGUGAAGACGGUGUACAGAAAUCCAAACCUUCAAAGGCGCCCUCCAAGACGAAACCCAAGACACCUGCCAAGACAGCACAGAAAAAAAAGUCGACCACACCAAAAAAGCGGACUCGGACCCCUGAACCUGUACUCGCCGAGCGGCCGACAAUGGCAGAGCUCGAUAUUGAGUUCCCAUAUGCGAUGCGCGAGUAUGAGGAGGCCAUGCGGGCAGUCGGCGACGUGACAACCCCUCGUACUGGCUUCUGGCCCCGUCCUGAGGAUUCAGUCAGGAAAUCAAGCCGACCUACGAAGAUGAUCCCUCAUAGUUCUCUGAGUCGGCGUGUUAGCAACGUCAUACGGAACAUGGAUCUAGCCAUUCCUAGAGGCGACUGA